CGUUGCGAGGGGCGUGGCCACUUGUUUACUCUCAGAGUAGUGCUUCUGCAGGUGGGCUAGCGAACAGCGGUGACAACAGGAGGAGGAAACACUAAACAAAAUACAGUUACAUUUGUCUGACAGUUAUACAAUGAAGAAACGGUUCUGAUGUGCUUUUAAAACGCCCUGGCAAUGAUCCGGAUACUGAGCAGUGCAUCUUUUAAAGCUGUUGGGACAGCGAAACUGCUAAAGGACAUCACAAACAGGCAGCUGCACGGCACAUAUGAUGUGGCCGUGGUGGGUGCCGGCAUCGUGGGCUUGGCCACAGCCAGAGAGCUCAUUCUGCGACAUCCGUCCCUCAGCUUCAUCCUGCUGGAGAAAGAAAAAGAGCUUGCUGUACACCAGAGUGGGCACAACAGUGGAGUCAUUCACAGCGGGAUCUACUACACACCGGGGUCGCUGAAGGCCCGUCUGUGUGUGCGAGGAGCCAAUUUAGCCUACGAGUACUGUGAGAAGAAAGGGAUCCCUUACAAGAGAUGUGGAAAGCUUAUUGUGGCUGUGGAGCAGGAAGAGAUAUCGAGACUGAAUGCUCUGUACGAGCGCGGCAUGAAGAACAACGUGCGUGACCUCAGUAUUGUUGAUGCCAAGGGAAUACGAGAACGAGAGCCGUACUGCAGGGGUCUAAUGGCCUUGGAUUCGCCCUACACUGGCAUUGUGGAUUGGAGGAUGGUCGCUCUCAGGUACGGCACAGACUUUGAGGAGGCAGGCGGCACAGUGGUAACCGAAUAUGAAGUCAGUGACAUUUCCAUGGUCACAGAGAGCCCAGCUGGGAGCACAGAAGGAAUGAAAUACCCAAUCACAGUCAGAAGCAAAAAGGGCAAUGAGGUGCAGUGCCGGUACGUCUUGACCUGUGGGGGCCUAUACUCAGACCGCCUGUCGCAGAUAUCCGGAUGCAGUCCAGAGCCACGGAUCGUCCCCUUCAGAGGAGAUUAUUUGGUCCUGAAGCCAGAGAAAAAUUAUCUGGUGAAGGGAAAUGUCUACCCUGUCCCUGACCCUCGUUUUCCUUUCCUUGGGGUCCACUUCACCCCACGGAUGGAUGGAAGUAUUUGGCUCGGCCCCAAUGCAAUUCUCGCCUUCAAAAGGGAAGGAUACAAAAUGUACGACUUCAACAUACGAGACUUUGCAGAUGCACUGUCAUUCAGGGGCCUCCAGAAACUUGUGAUGAGGAACAUAAUGUAUGGGAUUGGAGAAAUGUAUAGAGGGUUUUUUAUUGGUGCACAGGUUAAAAUCCUGCAGAAGUACAUACCUGAACUCUCACCGAGUGACGUGCUCAGGGGUCCUGCAGGAGUUCGAGCUCAGGCUCUUGACCGAAACGGCAACCUAGUGGAUGACUUUGUUUUUGAUGGAGGGGUUGGGGAUGUGGGUAGUCGGGUGCUCCACGUGCGUAACGCCCCCUCGCCAGCGGCCACCUCCUCCCUUGCAAUCGCUGAGAUGAUUGCAGACGAGUUGGAGUGCCGCUUUUCCCUGUAGAAAAAUGGCAGAAGGAAAAAGAAAACUAAAUAAUCCAGCUUGAGGUCAUUGAAACUACAGUGUAGUAUCAAGCUGUCACUACCUCAGUAUCACUGUCAUUGAGACAUUUUUAUUACAGGUUGAGUUCUAAUUUAGGGGGAGAGAGUUUUAUAUCUUUGACUUAAUUACAUUUUUUAGGCAAUUUUUACUUAGAAGUGCUAUUACAGGUAACAAUGUCUUUAGUCCACCACAUAAAGUAAAAAAAAUAAUAUUUUUCUACGCUACAUUUCUGUUUAAGAAGAAGAGACAUCAUGAGUGGAAAGAAGAUUUUAUCAUACUGUUUAACAUUAAAUAGGAAUAUAGAAACAUUUGACAGAAUGUGAACUUUUCAGUUGGGUAUUUUUGGACUAUCGUUCUGGCAUGGAAUUUAAGGAUAAUCACCUUUAUUUGGCCAAGUAUGUUACAUACACUAGGAAUUUGUUUCUGGUACAGAACUGAGGCAGUGGAAAGAAACGGUUCAUGUAACGCACAGUUAUAACUACAGAAUGCAGAAUGGUUGUGCUUGCUUGAUUUGACCAUUCUCAUCACUGGACAGUGUUGUCUGCCAAAAUAAAAAGAUUGUGAAAUGAUAUCAAGAUUAAAUAAAUAAUUUGUCUUGUGUUAUACUUAAAUUAAUGCAAAGUGGGCAUACUUUUGUUUUGUGUGUUUGUGGGGAGAUGAUCUCGUAUAAUUCUGCUACAGUUUUCUCUUUGUUCACAUAACUGAAGGAGCUUCACAUAUGGCUAAAGGUGUCCAGAUCUAUCAAAUUAGUCUCAGUUGUAGUUAUUGCUUCCCUCUUAUUUAAAGAGAUUAAUGCUAAAGGAUUUUUUUAUUGUAGACACAUUUUUAAAUAGCAAAUGUGCCAAAAGUAUGUUUAAAUAUAGACUGGUUAUCCUUGUAUAUACACUACCCGUUGGACUGAAUGGGAAAGUGUCCAAACGUUUUGUAGUGAUAAAAGCAUUGCCUAUCGUCCAAUUCCUGAAUUAAGCAUUUAAAAUAAUUCGUCCACCAGGAGGCGGAAUCUCAGCAACAAACUCUUUAUGAGCUGCGAUGUAAGCACAAAUAUGUCUCAAAUAGAGGAUGAUGUUAAACCGUUUCUUAAUGUUUGAACUAUUAAUAUUUGUA